AUGGAUGAUUAUAUGUUUACGUCAAAUGUCGCUCGGUGCAGAAAUGUCAUUGAGCAUACUAGUUAUUUGGAGAUGGUAUCUUAUUCGGAUCCUACUUUGAAUACGAUAGAAGAACACCCUUUAACACCUGAUGAAUUUGAGAAUUUUCUUAAUCGGAGGGGUGCUUUCGCUCCUCCAGAAUUACCAGAGGGAGUGGAACAGAUAGCAUGCGUUCGGUUGAUCCUUCAACUGAAUGCCAAGCACCCAGAUACUUUCGCUACCAAUGUCCUCAGUUUUCCAUCCGCUACAUAUAUUUCCAUGGUGAAGACUUUGAAUUUACCGUUUAGAUCAAUCGAAUCUGGGAGUGCCGUCGGUCCUAUAUUCUGGGCUGCUUAUGAUCAGGAUGAGAAAAAUCCUCAUCUACAAAUCGUGAAUCGCAAAAGUGAUGUCCGGAAAAAGGGGUUGACGCGUGGUUGGGAACUUACUCUUUCUCACGAUAUCAACUCUGGGUUAACAACUGGAUUUGCGAAAGGCACAGAAAGUUCCGACAUGGUAGAAUCUAUUAGACAUCUCAAAGCUUGUAUUCUCCAAAUCGGACAUCCGAUGCUGUUACCAGCCAUCAUCUUUUCCCACGACAUAUCAUAUAAGACCGAUCUCAAGCAACGAGAUGCACGUGACUGGCUGCGCAAACUUGAGCAUGCUGUAUCGAUGCGUUCGGAGAUUGAAGAGAAAGAGGGAUAUGUGAGGGAAGGUGUUAUAGAUCUCGAUGCUAUCAAUAGAGAUUUGGUUGAAUGUCAUUCCCAAGUGCUAUGGAAGAGACCGAAAGCUUAUCUGCAGAUUUUAGCACAGCUGGAAAAGGCAAUGAAGAUGUUUGAGGAGAAAUUGCCAGAAAGGAGAAAAGAUGAAACUAUGAGAGCUCUGCAGGCUAGUAUGUUGGCGAGAUUUGAUUUCUAUCGGGUCAAGCUUCAGGGUAUCGACAGUUACGCAUAUACAACGUUGCAGAGAUUAGAUAUCCAAAGAAGCGCACUCUACAACAUCAUCGCGCAAAAGGAAUCUAAACUCAAUUUCCAAAUGGCCAAAGAACAACGCCAGCUUGCUCAUGCCGCAAAACGCGAUUCUAGCACUAUGAAAACCAUUUCGCUCCUCAGUGCCAUCUUCUUCCCCGGCGCCUAUCUCGCUUCCGUCUUCUCGAUGACUUUUUUCAAUUUUCAAAACGAACCGGGUACACCGGCUGUUAGCGAGAGUUUCUGGUUAUAUUGGGCAGUGACGAUUCCGUGCACGAUGAUUAUAGUAGGAUGGUGGUAUGUGUGGGAGAAGAAGAGGGAGCGGAGAUAUAGUUUGGAGGAUAUUGAUUUGGAGAAGGGAAGCGAUGAUAUGGAGAAGGAAAUCAUGGCGACGAUGAGAAAAAGAACGAUGAGUAAGGCUAGUACGUGGGAGAGACAGAAUCCGAUGGGGAAUGCGAAUGGCCAUGGUCAUGUCCAUGCAGGUGUACAUGGUAUUAGUGAGAAGGUCCAUGGGAUUGGAGAGAAACUGGGGAAGAAAAUGGAGUAG